AUGGCUCAACACAGCUACCCAGUCACCCAACACAGCUACCUAGUCACUCUUCUUCAACGUCUCAUAGUAAACCCAUUUUCUCUCUCUCAACCAAUCCUUCUCACAACACAGCGGCUGGGUUCAGCCUCUCACUCCUCUGUCAUGGCUCAACACAGCGGCGAUCAACACAACGUUCUCAGCGGCGAUCAACACAGCUCAGCCCAG